UCUGGAGCAAUCUGGAGAUCUAGAGUUAACCUGCAAAUGUUACAGUUUGGUAGCUGCCGACACUUAUUAAUACGUUAAUGAGAAAAAAUAAUAUAAGAGAGUGAAAAACAUACUCUGACAGAUUAAGGAUUUAAGAAGUCAAGAAGAGAGAUUUAUCUUAUUAAUUAAAGAGAAAGAUUGACAAGAUGACAGAGAAUACUAAUAAUCCUUACGAUAUAAAUGGGCAACAUUUCAAUUCUGAUAUGUAUUUCCAAAAGCUAUUGAAGGAGUGUACAUUAAAGCAAAUUAUGGAUCAUGAAGCAGAGAUCAUAAAAAACACUCAAGCUUUACAUUCAGACAUGCAAACUUUGGUGUACGAAAAUUAUAAUAAGUUCAUAUCUGCUACCGACACUAUACGCAAGAUGAAGACUGAUUUCAAGGAAAUGGAGGAUAACAUGGAUCUCUUAGCAAAGAAUAUGGAAAGCAUCACUUCCUUUUCAGAGCAGAUCUCUUCAACUUUACAUGGAACUAGACAACAAAUUGCUAAACUGUCCUCUGUACACACUCUGUUGAAAAAAUUGCAGUUUCUUUUUAAGCUACCUGGCAAUCUUAAGGACAAAAUAAACGAAGAAAAAUAUACAGACGCAGUUCAAGAUUAUGUUCAUGCACAAAAAGUUUUAAAUCAAUAUAGCAAUAUGCCAUCCUUCCAAGGCAUUCAGAAAGACUGCGAGGACAUUUUGGAAGAACUGAAAUCUAAACUCAGAUUACAAUUUCAUAAGAGAGACGCUUCUACUAAGGCUUUAGCUGAAAAUAUAGAGCUUCUGCUACAAUUAAAGGAACCAGCUGAUUCAUUAUGCACUGAAUUCUUGAUACACGCUGAAGGAAGAUUAACCGAACAGUUAGAUAUUUUGAAAGAUAUGUGCGAAAACGACAUUAUAGAAUUCGUAGACAUGGCUUCUACGGGCUUUCUUAGUGAUUUAUGCCUGAUUGUAACUUCCUACAAUGACAUGUUCAUAAAUCGAUCAUUGAACGACAGUGAAUUAGUUGAUGACUUUGAAAUAAAAGCUGUGGAUCAUUUAAAUAAGUUUAUUGUGAGUAAUAUGAAAAAAUAUUUUGAUUUAAUGAGCAAAAGAGUGGAGGAUGUAGCUGACACGGCAAUUUUAGUAAGAGCUCUUGACAGAUUUUAUCGCAAGUUACAAGCGAUGAAUAUGUUGUCCAAGGAAACAGACUUUGCCAGAAUUGGCACUGAUCUUGUCGUAAACGCUGGUCGAAAACAAUGUCGCAACCAUUUGCAUAGUCUGAAGCAACACUUGAAUGAGAUUUUAGCAAAAGUAAGGCAGACUUUGGCUACUCAGGAAGGCGAAGGAAGCUUAACGGAACUUCAAGCUAUGCUUAUAAUGCCCACCAUAGAAAAAGUUAAAGGAGUUUUACAGGAUUUAUUGGUAUUUUUACAGCCGGACUUGUCAUUUAAUUUAAAAACACAAUUUUUGCAAAGUUUUUGCGUGGAUGAAGUGAGAGAAGGAUUAGUAAUCGGUUUUCUUCAUCAUCUCACAGCCACAGUAGCUGGAUUUUGUAAUGGAUCUGACAUACCCAAAUUUCCGCCCACCCUAUUACUUUUGCUUAGCAAAAUGUGCAUCGAGUAUAAGGAGAGCAACGUCCGUUAUCUGCUCACAACCAUUGACGAGCUUUUUAAAAUCGAUCAAUAUGCAUCUUCAGAAAAUAUCGUAACUCCCGGAUCAGAAAUGUGCGAUCGUUUUCAAGAAGCUGCUCAAAAUUUAUUGAAUCACUAUGUGCGAAUUCAGGGAUUAACAGUGUCCCAAAUGUUAAGGAAAUCCGUAGAGACCAGGGAUUGGUUGCACACAAUUGAACCUAGAACCGUGAGAGCUGUUAUGAAGAGAGUUGUUGAAGAUGUAACGAUCAUUGAAGCCAAAGUAUCCGCUUUAUACGGUGAUGAUGGUCAGGUCGAUAGAAGUAGUGACAGUAGUAGGAAGACUCAUAGUGUUAGCAUAUCUCGGCAACAUUACAGAUCAAAUUGGUCAUCCUAUACGCCUAGCCACAUCGAUUCUUCUCUAGUGACGAAUAUUCACAAAUUGUUUUCUGAACGAAUCGAAAUAUUUUCUUCUGUACAAUUCAACAAGGCAUCUAUUUUAACAGGAAUUAUCAAAAUAAGCUUGAAGACUUUCCUUGAAUGCGUAAGAUUGCGAACGUUCAGCAAGUAUGGUUUACAACAAAUCCAAGUGGACACUCAUUAUUUACAACUUUAUUUAUGGCAAUUUGUGUCAGAUGAAAAUGUGGUUCACUUUUUGCUGGACGAGAUUUUAGGUAGUGCAAUACAUAGAUGUCUGGAUCCUGUUUUAAUGGAGCCCAGUGUGGUGGAAAUUAUUUGUGAAAAACGUUAAAUAGUGAAUUACAACUUAUCUCGUACAAUCGCGUAGAGAAAUAUGUAAUAAAUGGUAAUAUAUAUAUAUAUGCAAUAUGUGAUUCAUAAAAAUGUGAAAUGAUAAUUAUAGUGACUACACUAUUUUAAUAUAUUUAUUAUGUAAUGUAUAAAAUCGUAAAAAUAACACAGUUAAGAAUUAAGGCUUAAAUUUAUAUCCACAAUAAGUUUACGGUUGCAUUUAUUAAAAUAUAAUAAAUCUCUUAUAAAAAAA